AAACAAAGACUGUCAUAACUGUGUUAUCUGUGGUUUUGAAAUUUGUUGAUAUUAUUCUGCCAAUUUCUGGAAAGUUAUGUAGUGCUCAGUACUAUUUAGUCUAGUUCUGCUAUUUAGCUGCUGAGAUUUAAAAAAAAUAGAGUGCAGGUAAAGUGCAACAGCCUAUCCUUGACAAGUAUCUGGAAGAACUAAUAAAAUAGAUACAAAGGAUCUUGUUACAUAGAUUGUACCUUGGUCCCUCUAAAGUAGUCGGAACUUAUUUCUCUGGUAAAUCAAGACCCUAGCCAUGGCUCACUACAAAGGAGCUGCAUCAGAGGCUGGCAGAGCCAUGCAUCUUAUGAAAAAGAGAGAAAAGGCUCAACAGGAAAUAGAACUUCGAAAAAAGAAAAUAGAAGAAGAUCUCAAGAUUCACAACAUUGAAAAUAAAUUCGCCACACAUUACGAUGCAGUGGAACAACAAUUAAAGAGCUCCACCAUCGGUUUAGUAACACUGGAUGAAAUGAAAGCCAAACAGGAGCAUAUAGUUCGUGAGAGGGAAAAAAAAUUAGCACAGAAAAAAGCAGAGAAAGAAAAAGAGAGACAGAAAGAAAUUGAGGCAAAACAAGCACAGAAAAAUAAACAGAAACGGCAGAUUCAGGCCCUUUCAUUUGACUUAAAUGACGAUGAAGAAGAUGAAGAUGCUGAAUCUAGUGAUGAAAAACCAGAGAUGUCAAAUUGGAGAGAUAAAGAAGAACCUGUCUUAAAAAAGAUUAGGAAAAAUCCUGAUGUAGACACAUCUUUCCUGCCAGAUAGAGAGAGGGAGGAGGCAGAUCUAAAGCUACGUGAGGAACUAAGAUUGGAGUGGGUGAUGACACAAGCCAGCCUGAAGGACGAACCUAUCACUGUCACUUUCAGUUACUGGGAUGGCUCUGGCCAUAGGAGGAAUGUCACCUUGAAGAAAGGAAACUCAAUAUACCAAUUCCUGCAAAGAUGUCUAGACACUCUCAGGCCCGAAUUCAGUGAGUUAAAGACGGUAUCUGCAGAUCAGUUAAUGUAUGUGAAAGAAGAUUUAAUACUGCCACACCAUUACACAUUUUAUGAUUUUAUUGUUACUAAGGCCAGGGGCAAAAGUGGUCCAUUAUUUCAAUUCGACGCAUCUGAUGAUGUUAGGCUAGUCAAUGAUGCAACACAAGAGAAACAAGAUUCACAUGCAGGCAAAGUUUUAUUAAGAUCUUGGUAUGAAAGAAACAAGCAUAUCUUCCCAGCGUCUAGAUGGGAACCAUAUGACCCAACUAAGACUUAUUCCAAAUAUACCAUUAAGGGAAAGUAAAUAAAAAACAAUAUUGAGAAUAUAAUUAAUUUAUUAAGCAAUGGAAAUAGACUAAUUUAGUAAACUAUGCAAUAAAUGUUACAUACCAUUAAGUUAAAUAUACAAAUUUAAAUAA